AUGUCACAUCGUGUUUGUGGCAAAAAAAUGGCACCAAAUUCUAUCAGAAAAUUUUUAAAAGAUAAUAAAUUAGAAUUAGAAACAAGAGGACAAGUGUCGAUCAAGUUAACGAAGGAAAAGACAUCGGUUGAUUAUAAGAAAAAUGGUGUUAAUUCCACACAGCACCAUACAAAAACACAUAUCGAUCUUGGAGAAGAUUCAAAACAAGUAAGGAAAGCAAAAGUACCUGGAGCAUUGAAAAGUUUAUUAUCAGUCGUUAUUGCUAAAACCAAUAAACCGGAAAAAAGAACAACAACAACUCAACGAGAUAGAAAACGGAAGCGUUUAAGACGACGAUAA